UCAGUGUGAGUUUUAUUUUGGCAGUCUGGAUUGAUCUUGCUGACAGAAAAGAGUGGAUUUCCAUCAUUUCAUAAUGAGUGUGCUGACAUUAACUCUAUUUAUUUGUAAACUCCUGGGGAAGCUGUUGGUACUGUUCGACCUGGGUGUUAAAGUUAGCAUCUUAAGCAAUGCUUCCAUUUUCACAAGAUGCCCUGAAGUCUGCAUCUGUACUGCUGAUCUCCUGAGUUGUACCAGGAAAAACCUUCGGCAUGUCCCUGUUCCAUUGCCUCCUACAACUAUCACCUUGGAUCUCAGCCACAAUGCUAUUGUUCAUCUUCAUGAUUAUUGCCUGACUACUUUACCACAUCUUGAAACCUUAAGGAUUAGCCACAACAAAAUAAAAAACAUCACCCAACAUGUGUUUCGCAACGCUACUUACCUUCUGUACCUGGAUAUGUCCUCCAACCAUCUGCAGACUGUGGAAAAAUACUACUUUGAAGACCUUGUGAACUUGAAAGAGCUUCUCCUUUACAAUAACAAAAUAGUGCAAGUAGAUGAAAAAGCUUUCAUGACAUUAAUCAAUUUGCAAAAGAUCUAUCUAAGUUGGAAUAGGCUAACAAAAUUUCCAUUUGAGUCUAUUCAAAAACUUGAACAUCCUUAUCUAAGGACGCUUGAUCUUUCUGCCAACAACCUAAGCAGCAUUCCUAUUCAAGUAAUAACAAGUUUGCCUACGUACAUUAAAAAUGGCUUAUAUUUUCACAACAACCCUGUGAAUUGUGACUGCUCUCUCCAGGAGAUGCUCCAGGAAUGGAAACAUCGCGGUUUCAGUUCUGUGCAGGAUUUCAUAGAGGAGCACACUUGUAAAGCCUACCCCAAUAUGCUCUCCUUAAUUAAGACCUUCAAUUACAAUAAAUAUUUUCAAAUUUGCUCUUGGAACCAAAGAAAAUUUGACAUUCCAGAAGUGCUGUGCAGAGUGGGAGAAUCCUUGGUAAUAGACUGCAACACAAGCCUCCCUGAAGACAACACCACCACUUACAGGUGGAUCUCCCCACGCCAUGAAUUAUUCAUGUAUCCCCAGCACAGUGAUCAGACACAUCAGCCUUUAAAAAAUGGAAGCUUAAAGAUCAUAAAUGCCAUCCGUUCGUUCUCAGGCGUUUAUGAGUGCAUAGCAAUCAGUGAUCUCCAAAAGGUCAAUGAAACAUACGAAGUUAACGUGACAGUCCACUACUCCAAAUUAGUGGAAUCUUUCAGUACUAGCCUCACAACCCUUCUAGGGUGUAUUGUAAGCUUGGUGUUAGUGCUGAUGUACCUGUACCUUACACCGUGCUGUUGCUCUAAGUGCUGCAGGAAGCCUACAAGUCCUCCUCCAGACUGCAGUGCCCAAUCAUCUAUUCUUAGUACCACUCCAUCGGUCACAGAUGUAACAAAUCGCAAGAUCAGUGCAAACAAGCAUGUUGUUUUUCUAGAGCCUAUCAAGGAGAAUCACAAUGGCAAGGUCAAGCUGGCUGUCACUGAAGACUUUGAUGUGAACCCCCGCAAGCUCCUAAGACUUAAACUGGACUCAGAAUCAAUCAGUACAGCUUUUUCUAAUCCCGUCAUGUCACCAGCAGAUGCAUAG